AUGCCGGCCGGCAACGCGCAGAACAUUCGCUCUUUGCUGAAACAAAUCUCAAUUGAGGACGACGAAACAGUCCUCAGGGUCUGCAAUGAAGCACUGAAAAGGUCCAAAACUGACUUGCAUGCCCAACACACCAAAGUUGUGGCCUUGCUCAGACUCGAUCGCUACGAGGAUGCGUUGCGCGCGCUCGACGAAUACGGAGAUGAUAUGAAACGCAAGGCGUCGUUGGGGUAUUCGUAUGCUCUGUAUAAACGUGGCCAGUUAAGGGAGGCUGUGGAGGUGGCCAAGUAUGCUGCUGCAUCGGCAUCGGAGGAUGAUGAGCGACGGGGUGCUCUGCAUGUUCAGGCUCAAGCUAGUUAUCGUGCCGAGGAUUUCGCGAAUGCAGCUACCAUAUACCAGGGUUUGUUUGAGAGCCCGCGCGCGCUGGGCAACGAGUAUAACGACUUGCGCAUCAACAGCUGGGCUUCAGAGGCACAGCGACUGUGGCAGAGAGAGAGAGACUCUGCUCGAGCUAGAAAGCCUGAAAGAGAGGAUCUGGAAACUUUCGAAACUUGCUACAAUGUGGCUUGCGCGAGUCUCGCUCGCGGCGACCUGAAACAGGGCGAGAUCCUGCUUAGGCGGGCGAAGGAGUUAUGCAAGACAGCUGAAGAUCUGCCAGAAGAUCUGAAAGAAAGCGAAUUACUACCAAUCAACAUUCAGCAAUUAUACGCACUCAUCAGCCAGGGAAAGACAGAAGAGGCUGAGGAGUUAGUGAAAGAGAUCUCGGUUGAUGACAUUCCGGAAAUCUCUGUCAAGAGAAUCGCCCAGAAUAAUAUCCUCAUCACGCAGCAUUUGAACACCAACCCAUACAUACUUUACAAGACAUUCCAUGACGCUCCGGAGCCUGAAGGUAACGACCAAUUUUUCAAAUUCCAGUCGGAAGCCCUCGAGGCCAAUUCACAUGCUCUGGACCUCGAGGUUCAAAAAUACGACGGCGUCAUCCGGUCAACCACCAAAGCAUUGGCGCAACGACCGUACCCAUCGACCGAACCAAAUGACAACCUGCUGUCCAUCUACAAUGCUGCAGCCCGAGUGCGCGGCCAGACGAACCGCAAGUCUAUCCAGGAGCUACGGUCGCUACUCGAUCGACGCCCCAAGGAUAUUGGCCUGGUCUUGACGAUUGUGCAACUCAUCGUUGGAGAAGGAAAUACAACAUCCGCCAUUGACGUUCUCGAAAGCAGUCUACGAUCUCUCGAAGAAUCCAUCUCCGAGGCCGACCAAGAGGUGCGCUAUAACCCGGGACUACUCAGUGUUCUGAUUGCGCUUUAUCAACGCGAAGGACGCAAGUCGCACAUCAAGUCGGAGCUGGCCAAGGCAGCCCUCUUCUGGCGUCAACAGACUCAACAACCGCCUUCUCUUCUUCGCGCCGCAGCAGCUUCCCUUCUCCACUCCUCCGACCCAGCCGACCUGGCUAUUUCUCAGGGUCUGUUCAGCACGCUACGAAACAACAACCCGGGCGAUAAGUUCGCGCUAGCGGGGUAUGUGGCCUCUUACGCCACCAGUGAUUUAGAGAAAGUCAAGAAAGAACUAGACAUCCUACCACGAUCCCAAGAUCUAGUAUCCGAUAUCGACGCAGCAGCGCUCGAAAGCGCGGGUGUCCCUCAAUCACAGGCCAGCCUCGCGGCCAACGCAGCAGCCAUUGCUGGCGCCAGAAAGCGCGCUUCCAAGGAGCAGCAACACGCGCGUGCGAAGAAGCGGAUACGCAAGUCGCGUCUCCCCAAGGACUACGAUGCCAGCAAGACGCCCGAUGCCGAGCGAUGGCUCCCGCUGCGCGAUCGGUCUUCGUAUCGACCCAAGGGCAAGAAGGGGAAGCAGCGAGCGGCGGAGAGGACCCAGGGAGGGAUUGUCAGUGAAGAUGUCUCGGCCAAGCCACAGCAGCCGCAGCCGCAGCAAAAGACGGCGGCCUCCAAGAAGAAGGGUAAACGGUGA